GCGCUUCUGUCGCUUCAGCUCCUCCCGCAUGCGCUCGAGACGAAGUGGGCUCGCUCGCGCAGCUCGCCUGCCUUCAACGUCCCGCGCUAAACCAACUCACCAGAGCGCACGCGACGACGAGCGGCGGAAGCGCGAUCGCUCCACGCACCACGCACCGGGGCGUGAAGUUUAGAGGGAAAAACGGUAAAGAAAGAAAAUAAAAGCGAAAGUAACCGUCGGUUUUGUGGAAGACGACGAAACGUGUGGACGUGUGGAAAGGCGCGAGCGCACGGUGUGUAUUUUUUCGCCUGGAGGGACAUGUGGAGUGCUGGAUUGCGCAAUGUGGAGGUAACUACCACACAGUCACAGGGACGACACACCAGUGAGUUUCCGGCUUGCUGAUUUUCUGGUGCGUUUGGAGCUGAUGUGAGCUGGUGUGAUUGAUCACCACACACACACACACACACACACACACACACACACACACACACACGCACGCAUACCUGCCUUGUUUCCAGACACCAUGACAGACAUGAACUUCACCUCAAUUCCGUAUGUGACUGAGAACCAAGCACUGAGAACCAAUUACACAGGCGGCUGCUCGCUGACCAAAACCGCCUUUCAGUUCUAUUACCUGCCCACGGUCUACAUCAUCGUCUUCAUCACCGGCUUCAUCGGGAACAGUCUGGCCAUAUGGAUGUUUGUGUGUCACAUGCGUCCGUGGAGCAGCAUUUCGGUUUACAUGUUUAACCUCGCACUGGCUGACUUCUGCUACGUGCUCUCACUUCCCUUUCUCAUAUUCUAUUACUUCAACAAAACCGACUGGAUCUUCGGCGAUGUCAUGUGCCGCCUACAGCGCUUCAUCUUCCACGUCAACCUCUACGGGAGCAUCCUGUUCUUGACAUGCAUCAGUGUGCACCGCUACUCCGGUGUCGUCCACCCGCUCAAGUCACUCGGGAGGCUCAAGAAGAAGAACGCCGUGCGCACCAGCGCCUUGGUGUGGUUCGUGGUGGUAGCUGGGAUCUCGCCGAUCCUUUACUACUCACGCACGGGGCCUAAACGAAAUGUUACGACGUGCUACGAUACGACCACUGAGGACGAGCUUCCGGGGUACUUCGUCUAUAGCAUGUGCAUGACCGUGUUUGGAUUCUGCGUGCCCUUCGUGGUCAUCUUCGGCUGCUACGGGUUCAUCGUCAAAGCGCUCAUUUACAACGACAUGGACAAUGUGCCGCUCAGGAAGAAGUCAAUCCACCUGGUUAUCAUCGUGCUCGCCGUCUUCGCCGUGUCCUACCUGCCCUUCCAUGUCAUGAAGAACCUGAACAUGAGGGCCCGGCUUUACUUCCAGAGCCCUGAGAUGUGUGAGUUUAACAACAGGGUCUAUGCUACUUACCAGGUCACCCGCGGACUGGCCAGCCUCAACAGCUGCGUGGAUCCCAUUCUCUACUUUCUAGCUGGGGACACGUUUCGACGACGGCUCUCCAGAGCCACUAAGAAAAAUUCCAGGAAGGGCGACGUCGUGCUUCAAUCCAAGAGUGAGGAAACGGCUCUCAACAGCCUGCCGGAGUACGGCGAGAACGGGAGCAGGUCGCUAUGAGGAUUUGAGAAUAAAUUCUGAACUUUCUCACGGUGCACUGACUCGUUUUCUAAAGAAUGCACUGAUCGUGUCAUGUUGCGUAUAUAUAUAUAUAUAUAUAUAUAUAUAUAUAUAUAUAUAUAUAUAUAUAUAUAUUAUAUACAUACGUGAACGCUGUUAAAUCCCAAGCCCUGAGCCAGUGACUGGACAUUGGAUACAUGUGGAAUAACUGGAGUAGUGUAUGUGAUAUGAUGUGUACUGUAUAUAACUGUCAGUAAUUACUCUCCAUGUGAAUAUGCCUUCGUUGUACUGUAUUGUAUUUGUCAGUAUUAUAUGAGCUGCAGCAGUGCAGGAGACAGCCACAGCUUCACUUUAGCCAACAGUGACGAAAACAGCGGACUAAACCAUCCAGUUAAUGAAAAAUAAUACAUCCACAGAUCAGACUAGAAUAGAGAGCAAUGCUCUGUUUUAUCUGAGUGUAACACAAUUAAAAGAAAUAACACGA